AUGGCCAGCAUCCGACCAGGACAAGCAUAUAACUCUUUCGAUCUUCUCCCAAGAAGCUCAGAUGCGUGCUCCUCGUCAUGUUCUUCAGGGUCCACCUGUAUAAGUCUAGAUCAGGGCAGCUCCUCCAUCUGCUGUCCCGCCGGCCAAGACUGUGACUACAUCUCGCCGAUUACAUGUGAUAUACAGCAGCAGAAUGCCACUGCCUACCCCUCGAGCGUCAUCAAGACAACUCGUCUGGGUGACAGUCUUCCCAAAUGCGGUGAUUUGUGCUGCCCGUUUGGCUACACCUGCCAAGGCAACACUUGUUCUCUGAACCAAAAAACCUCCACAACUGCAACAGCAUCUGUAUCCAGCUCCUCUGCCAGCACCACAUCAUCUACAUCUGCAUCUAGCUCUAGCUCUAGCUCUUCCACCAACACAGCAACACCAUCUGUAUCCAGCUCCUCUAUCAACACAGCAUCAUCAUCAUCGACAACGGAAAGCUCAGCAACCCCCCUGGCAACUAUCACACCCGUGGCAUCUCCCUCAUCAGAAAAGUCUGCAACCCCCACGACAUGCCCACAUGUAUCAACAUCGUGUCCCUCCUUCCCAGCCGGGGCUAUAGCAGCAGGCUUCUUCCCAGGUGCCGUUUUCGGUGCCGUCGCAGCCCUCUUAAUAACUUGCUGUUUCCGACGUACCCGAAAAGACGAAUGUGAAAUACAAGAAGGCAAAGCCGGGCCUAAUUGGUCCCAACGCUCUUCUUCCGGCGCAAUAUUGUGCAUAUCAAACCCAAUCCCCCAAGACGAUACCUCCUAUCGCACAGACUUCCUCCGAAGCCCACCACGAGUCAAGCGCUCUUCCACAGGAGAACGCUCGACUCGCACGAUGAUUCACCGCACCGGCAGCAGAGUUCGGAGUCUAUUCUCCGGUUAUCCAAGACAAAACCCCGGGCUAGGCAAUGAUGUACCGCCUAUCCCUAUGCCAAACCCUAUGGCACCGGCACCGGUUGCGGCGCCGUUUACCCCGCCACGACAGCGUCAGCCGAGUACGGAAAGCAUCAAGGUGUAUUCACCGCCUGAGCCAUCGUUUGCGCAGUCUCGCAAUUUUUUGGGGCCUGAGCCGUACCCUGGUGCUGCCGAUAAACCGGAUACUCUGUUUAACGACCUGAUGCAGGUUGUUGCGGUUCCUCAUGUCGCCAAGGUCAAGGCACCUUAUCCGACUAAUGAUGAUUCUCGGGAAAAUCCGUUCCGGGAUCCUGUGCGUUUAUAA